GUCAUUUUCAAAUCAGCUUUCUUCAAUUCCUACUAUCUCAAGAAUCCUGCAAAAUCACACAACCCAAUAUUUCACUCAACCUUUGCUACAUACUUAUAUAUUUACAUAUUUAUAUAUAUACAAAUAUAUACUCACAACAUCUCGUAUUUUCUCCAUCUCUGCUUCCUACCUGUGAAUGGAUUUUAUCGCUCACAAUUGGCCCACAUUACCAUCUUCUUUCUUAUGAACCUCUGCUUCCUCUUCCAACUUUUCAUUAUACGAUAUUGAAAAAACUUUCUUCUUCUCUUAUCUCUCCUUUUGGUUUUAUCUUUUUAUCUUUUUAUCUUUUUAUCUUUUUAUCUUUUUCUUCUUUCUACUAUUUCUAUCGUUUCUAUUAUUUUCACUUUUAUUCUACCAGCAAAAAUGACCUCCUCAAUUCUCUCAAAUUCCUUGAGUCCCAAUAAAACAAGAUUAAAUAUAUUCAACUUUAAUAACACAAACAAUAACAUUUCUCCUAUUCAAAAUACUUCUCUCAGAAACAACAGCUCCACUUCUCUCCAAAGAACAACUUCAAACAACAGCUCUCACAACAAUACUCACAGUCACAGUCACAGUCACAGUCACAAUCACAAUCAUAAUCACAAUCAUUCUUACAAUCCCAAUCUUAACCCCAAUUUCAACCAUAACAACACUCUUAAUCCUCAUACUCAUAACCAUACCCACCACAGAAAAAACGUUUCCUCUUUAACCUCGAAAUUAUCUGUAAAUACACACAACAACCUCUCAAAUGAAAAAAACAUCAACAUGAACCACGACGACAUAACAAGUAUCAAAAGCGACCAAAGCUCCAUCUCAAACGAUUCCUUUUCAAACAACAUUAUAUCCUUCUCCCCUGCAAAGAGAAUAAGUAGCAUCUCCUCAAACCAUUCAAUCAACACUUCUCCCAAUCACAUUCCCAACCCUAACAACAAUAUCUUCCUCCCUCAAAAUUUCAAAAAAUCCCCUGUAUCUACUAAUAUAAGAAAAUGCAGAACAAACUCAAUCAAAACAAGCUCUGCUAGAAACUCAUACUUAUUUUCUGACCUUAACAACUCUCAUUUUUUCAACCCAAACACUGCAACUGAUCAAUCCUUUGAUUCCUCUUUAAUCUUUGAAAGAAAUGUCCAAAAAGAAAACGAUUUACCUCUCCUAGCAAAAGCUGUUUCUCAAUCCUCCAACUACAAUAAUAGCAUUGCUUUCAACUCAAAAAACAACUCUCCUACUAAUACUACAGACAACGAUAACAAUAACAAUGACAAUAACAAUACAAAUGUCAAUUCUUUCGGCUCAAAUUAUACCUCAAACACAACAAAUCCCAAUAUAUCUUCCCAGAAAAAUCACCAUUCAGUCUUGGACUUGACUUCUUACCAACAUACUGCCGAAGAUUUCAUCCCCCCUGUCUUGGAUGCUACCACUUCGAUAUUAACUGACGAAAAUAUGGAUUUGGAUAAAGUAGAAAUAAUAUCUUCAAACAGAAGACCCUCAACUGUAUUAAAUUCCACAAUCAAAAACUCAAAACCCUCCAACAUGAAAAGAGGAAACAGCUUCUAUUUCCCUCCUCCUCAUCGCUCACCAAGCCAAACCUUUCACAGAACAAGCUCUUUUACUUAUUUCACAAAAUUAAACCAUCAAGGCUCACAGUACAACAAUAAUCCUAACUUUGAAAAAGAAAAGGACAAACCCAAAGAUAACGAUAAACAACAAUUAUCCUUCUAUUCAUACGCUGACAUGGUAUCAAACGAUCAAACUCCCUUGCCCUCAAAAAACAGAAAUGAUUAUUUCUCCUUUACUCCUGUUUCUGCUCCUGACCAUUUCCUCAAUUUUAAUCACUAUAGUUCAAAUCCACACAAUUCUCACAAUACCUCCCCAACUUCUGCUUCUGCUUCUCUUUUCCCAUCUUCUGCUAGCAUUCAUUCCUCAAGACGACCUUCCAUCUCCAUGGCUUUGCAAUCCUCUUUCUUAAACUCUUCGGCUUCUAAUAACUACAACUACAUUUCAAACAAUAAUAGCAGUCCACUAACCUCCCCUAUUUCCCUCUCAAGCAACACAAAGAGAAAUAUUCAUUCUUUACAUAAUCACAAUCUAUCUUCAGCUCUGGAAAAUGGUUCAGCUAAUGAAACCAUUUCUUUACUCCAACCUCCCCCAAAAAGCUCAAUUUCAAAUACUCCACUAACUCACCUAAAUUAUCCUAAUAGUAAUAACAACAAUACAAAAAAUAACUCAGCUUUCUAUGAAAAUCCUAACAUUGUGAGCAAUAUUGCACUAAACAACCCUAGCGCCUCUCCAAAUAGCAAACUGGGUGCAAACUCUCCAUCAUCGCCAUCUUCAAUUAAAUCCUACCAAUCAAUAGGCUCUAGAUCAAGAUCUAAUUCAUACAUCACCCAUCAUGUUUCACCCACCAUAUCGAAUGCUUUUAUUAGCAGGCCCAAAAGGAACAAUUCCUACAUUGAAGAACUUAAUACUAAAGCUUCUUUUAUAAGAAGAAUGUCCCAUUUAGAUACCUUGGCAUUGAAAGAAGAACAGCCUAGUUUAAAGGAAACACUUUUAGGUACUGGUUCUCAAGCAAAAUUUUCUGUUAGUAGUGGAGACGAAAAUGAGGAAGAUGACGAGUUUAAUAAUGAUUACGAAAAUUUCGAAGACGUAGUGAACGAUAUUACCGACAAUUACAAUAGUCAUAACAAUAUUGCUACUAAUUUUGACAAUAUUAAUACCUUCCAAAAUGAUAGCCAUGAAAAUGAACUAAACAUUUGUUCAGUUAACGAUACGCUUAAAAGAAAUACUUCGCAGAUAUUAAGAGGCAGUUUUUAAGAGAUAAAAUAACAAGUUCAAAAAAUUGACAAUAUACAAAAAUUAAAAGACCAAGCUAGAGAAAAAAACAAAAAAACUCAGUCGUUAAUAUAAUUUCAAUUGAAGUAAAUUUUCUAUUUUCAAGGAAGUGCUUUUUCUUAUUCUUUUU